UCUGGGAUAUUUUAUUACUUCUCUAUACUUGGCAGUCUUUUUCUGCGAUUUCCCCAUUUUCUUCACUGAGACUGGACUUUGAUUACUUUUAGGGUAAACUUUCCGCAAAGGAGACCUUUGCAAAGAGCUUUCGAAUAGUAAAGGUGCUUGUGGUCUUUGUUCGUUAUUUGGAUCGGUUGAGUUUCUUUGUUGGAGCGAAAGCAUGGGAGCGCAGUUCUCCAAGACAGCUGCAAAAGGCGAAACCGCGGCUGAAAAGCCCGGGGAGGCUGCCGCAUCACCUUCCAAGUCAAAUGGACAGGAAAAUGGCCAUGUCAAAGUGAAUGGAGAUGCCUCUCCUGCCGCAGCUGAGGCUGAAAAAGAGGAAGUCCAGGCUAAUGGCAGCGCUACUGCUGAGGAGGCUCCAAAAGAGGAGGCAGAGAAGGCAGAGGCUGCACCUGCAGAGAAGGAGGGAGACGUGAGUGAGAAGGAGAAUGCUGAGACUGCCUCUCCUGCUCCUGAAGGUGAAGGUGCUGCCAAGGCAGAGGAGAACGCCACACCUACAACUAGCAACGAAACCCCCAAAAAGAAAAAGAAGCGUUUCUCCUUCAAAAAGUCCUUUAAACUCAGUGGCUUCUCCUUUAAGGGCCCUGCAAAGAAGGCUGGAGAGGGCGGUGAAAAUGAGGAGGCUGCUGCCUCAGCAGAGGGAACAGAGGCCGCCGCAGGAGACGAGGCCAAACCCGCUACCGAGGAGGCCGCACCUGCCGCUGCUACAGAAGAGGCAAAGGAUGCAGCAAGCCCCACAGAAACCAAGACUGAGGAGCGUUUCUCAAUCAAAAAAUCCUUCAAGCUGAAGGGCUUUGGCUUUAAGGGCUCCAAAAAGGAGACCGGAGAGGGCGCUGAGAACGAGGAGGCCGCAGCCUCCACAGAGGAGGCCAAAGCAGAGGGCGCAGAGGCGGCCACAGGAGAGGAGGCCAAACCUGCCGCCGAGGAGGCCGCGCCAGCCGCUGCCACCACAGAGGAGGCUAAGGAUACAGCAAGCCCGACAGAGGCCAAGCCCGAGGAGACAGCAGAGAAACCCGCCGAGGAGGCCAAAGCUGCCGCCUCUCCAGCUGCAGAGGAGCCAAAGCCAGAGGAGAAACCUGCACCCGAAGUCAAAGCCGCUGAACAGGAACCCCCCAAAGCAGAGGAGGCAGCACCUGCAGCCCAGGAGGCCGCAUCCAGUCCAGAGGCCCCCGCUGCGGAGGCUGCAGAGUAAAGGUCCAAAUCACAAAAAAAAAACCAACAUGGAAGAAAUUUAAAAAGGAGAGAAAAGAUAAUCAAAGAACAUCUCCCUGUUUGUAUGUUGGAGUGGUGCCAGUUCCUGGCUUUGGAGAACUUGUCUACAACCAGGGAUGUUUUAAAGCUUUU